GCUGGUCAUUUGCACUACUACUCACUGGAAGAUUCAACGUAUGUGAAUGAAUAUCGUCACAUUGCUGGUAUUCGAAUGAUAUUUCCGGAACUGGAUGGGAUCCGAUUGUGUUUCUUUGAUGAUCGUUUAGAUGCGUACAUCUACAGUCCUGUAGAUGAUGCACUAGUUAAAGUGCCUAAUAUUGAAUCUACGGCUCAUUUUACGCAAUGUCUGUGGGAGACGUUCACUGUUGAUCGAGAUACUUUCGUUAUUUGUGAUGCAACCACACUGCACGUGUUUCUGUUUUCGAAGGAUCAAAUCGAUGGUACAGUCACAUUGAUAUUCAAUCAUCGAUCUCUUUCUUGUGCUCUCUCUGAAGUUCUGUUUGCUUAA